AUGCGCAGAAACAAAAGUAUAACACUUCUUCAGCAACUUUUGAACGCUAAAAAUUCACGUAUUCCACUGAAUAAUAUAAAUAUUACACGUGGAUCAGUGACUUAUGAGAAUGCUUCUUCACUAUUAGCUGACUUGUUAACUAAUUAUGACAUGCGAUUACGGCCAGGUUUUGGAGGUGAUGCUUUAUUGCUUACGUUAGAUAUUGUUAUUGCCUCAAUCGAUGCAAUUUCUGAGGUCAAUAUGGAUUAUACUUUGACGUUAUACUUACAUCAAUAUUGGCGUGAUGAGCGUCUUUCUUGGCCAUCUUAUUUCCGUAUUCGCGAUAUGACACUGCCUGGAGAUUUUGCGCAACAUAUUUGGGUUCCGGACACGUUUUUGGCUAACGAUAAGCAAUCAUUCUUACAUGACGUAACAGAGCAAAACAAAAUGAUUCGGCUCAAACACGACGGCCACAUUACGUACGGAAUGAGGUCAUUCACAACAACUCUCGCAUGCCAUAUGGAUUUACGGAAUUAUCCAUUGGAUAAUCAGAAUUGCACUAUGGAAAUUGAAAGUUAUGGAUACACGACAUCAGAAGUUUUGAUGCGUUGGAAUCAAGCAAAUGCUGUACUUGGGAUUGAAAAAGCUGAAGUGCCACAGUUUACAAUUCUUGGCUAUCAAACACUGAAUCGAAUCGUUCAAACUGCCACGGGUUCAUACCAACGCUUGUCAUUAGCACUUCACUUCAAACGAUCUAUUGGUUACUUUGUUUUUCAAACCUAUUUGCCUUGUAUACUUAUUGUAAUGCUUUCAUGGGUUAGCUUCUGGAUUAAUCAUGAAGCCACGUCCGCACGUGUUGCUUUAGGAAUCACAACUGUGCUAACAAUGACAACAAUCAGUACAGGUGUACGGCAAUCAUUACCACGCAUUAGUUAUGUCAAAAGCAUCGACCUUUAUCUCGUAAUGUGUUUUAUGUUUGUAUUUGCGGCUUUAUUAGAAUAUGCAGCAGUGAAUUAUUCAUAUUACGGUGAUCGAAGUAGGAAUUCAGAAGCAGAAUUUGAUAAGGAACACCAAAGGCACGAAAUGUUUCCUCAAACUGUUGUUAGAGAUGAUAAUACUGAUCAGAUUCGUUCACCUUCACCAUUACUGUCAUUAAUGCAAAGAACUAAUAAUAGUAUAGAUUUGGGCACACCAAAUUAUCCGCGGAUUUCUACCAGUACUAAAUUUGAAUCAUUUAGCUUAAGGCGACAUAGGCGGAUGAGUUUGAAGCUCCGAAGUCCAACUGUUAGAAUCCACGUGAGAAGACUACAGUCACGCGCACGGUCCGUCAUGACGUCAUUUCACGUACGUGAUGUUAAUGUCAUAGACAAGAAUGCACGCGUCAUCUUUCCACUGACUUUUAUUAUUUUCAACGUAUGUUACUGGGGAUACUAUACGAUGAUGCAGUGA